CAGACUGAAAACCUUAAUGGAACAAGGCCACAGCAUCCAAAGAGCAAAAGUGAUCCUACAGACGAUACCUGGACACUUGUAACUCCAGUUCCUCAAUUGCGGUGUCACUGCUUUACGCACAAAAGGGUAAUCCCUAUAGUCUCUGAGCAAGAUAUUAGGAACACACAGAACAAUAUAGAGGAGUGUCUGUACCAGAUAGGGACAUUGGAUGAAAAGUCUCAUUGGGAUCUUACCUGGAGGUUGGAAUACUAUCUGCCUGGCUAUAGAGAACGUUCUGCCACAAGACAAAAACCAGUGGAACUCCAGCCUGCACAAUAUCACAAAAAGGAUCAUACAGAUGAUGUUUUUCAGAGGCUAUAUACCCCAAGAAGAAGG